AUGAAAUCAGUCAUGGCUCGUCCCCCACAGCUUGAUAAUUUAUUGAAACUAGACAGCUGGUUGUACGACUUUCAACCGGAAAUUUGCCGUCGAUAUGGAGUAUUUCUGGAAUUUCAAAAGAAAAUUGAAGAGUGCGGUGGAAUCGAACACUUCACUGAAGGUUACAAACACUUCGGUCUGAUUGUACAGCCCGACAACUCGGUGCUCUGCCACGAGUGGGCUCCCGGAGCUGAUCAACUAGCACUUAUUGGCGACUUCAAUGGCUGGAAUCGUGAAACGCACAAGUACAAAAGAGAGGAUUUCGGUAAAUGGCGGCUUGUCGUUCCACCGAACCCCGAUGGCUCUUGUGCGAUUCCGCACUCUUCCAUCGUUAAGAUUGCUGUAACAAAGGAUGGAAAAACAAUGGACAAGCUGAGUCCGUGGGCGGCGUACGUCACACGACCAAAGGAGACAGUAGUCUAUCACCAGCAGUUUUACAAUCCUCCGGAUAAGUAUCAGCUCAGGCAUCCUCGACCUCCAAGGCCAGCGUCGCUUCGCAUUUAUGAAGCUCAUGUUGGAAUUAGUAGUUGGGAGGGAAAAGUGAACACAUACCGAGCGUUUGCCGAUGAUGUUAUUCCUCGGAUCGUCAAACAAGGGUAUAACACUAUCCAGCUAAUGGCUGUUAUGGAACACGUGUACUACGCAUCUUUUGGUUACCAGGUCACUAGCUUUUUCGCACCUGCUAGUCGAUGUGGUCCACCUGAUGACGUCAAAUAUUUGGUAGAUAAAGCGCAUUCCAUGGGUCUAACAAUUCUUCUAGAUGUGGUGCACUCACAUGCGUCAAAAAACGUGGCGGAUGGUCUGAAUGAGUGGGACGGUACGGAUAGCUGUUAUUUCCAUAGCGGCCCUCGUGGAACCCAUACUUUAUGGGACUCAAGACUUUUUGACUAUACUCAGAUUGAAACUCUGCGCUUCUUGCUGUCAAACCUUCGGUGGUGGAUUGAGGAAUAUGGAUUCGACGGUUUCCGUUUCGAUGGCGUCACCUCUAUGAUCUACCAUUCACAUGGGAUGAACGAUGAUUUCGGUGGUGGAUACCCAAUGUACUUCGGUCUCAACGCUGAUACGGACUCUCUUAUAUAUCUUAUGCUGGCUAAUGAUUUCUUGCACAAGAAGUAUCCGCAGAUAAUAACUAUUGCUGAGGAAGUGUCUGGUAUGCCAGCACUGUGUCGUCCCGUUGCUGAAGGUGGACAGGGUUUUGAUUACCGCCUAGCUAUGGCAUUACCCGACAUGUGGAUUAAAAUUUUAAAACACAUGAAAGAUGAAGAUUGGAGUAUGAACGAAGUUGUGCAUACUUUGGAAAAUCGGCGGUAUGGAGAAGCAAACGUUGCAUAUGCUGAAUCGCACGAUCAAGCACUUGUUGGUGAUAAAACCAUCGCUUUUUGGCUUAUGGAUAAGGAGAUGUAUGACUUCAUGUCUAUCACAACGUCGUUCACUCCGAUUAUCGAGAGGGGAAUUGCGCUGCAUAAAAUGAUUCGUCUGCUCACGAUGGCACUUGGUGGAGAGGCGUGGCUUAAUUUUAUCGGGAACGAAUUCGGUCAUCCCGAAUGGUUGGACUUUCCACGAUUCGGAAAUAAUGAAUCCUUCCAUUAUGCUAGAAGACAGUUUAAUUUAGCUGAUGAUGGAAAUCUAAGGUAUAAAUUCCUAAACUUAUGGGAUGAAGAGAUGAACCGGCUUGAGGAAAGCACAGGAUUUUUGCACAAGGGUCCGGGUUACGUUUCGUGGAAGCAUGAUGGAGAUAAGAUGAUUUGUUUCGAGCGAGCUGGUGUUUUGUUCGUCUUCAAUUUUCAUCCAUUCAAGAGUUUUCCUGAUUAUAAAGUAGGAGUAGAAGUACCUGGAAUUUACAAAUUAGUGCUAAAUAGCGAUGAAGAACGUUUUGGUGGCCACAAUCGUCUACAACUGGGUUCAGAACAUCACUCUUUCCCUGAAGGCUAUGCAGGACGUCGCAAUCAUGUACUAGUCUACGCUCCAGCACGAACAUGUCUUGUUUUCAGACAUUGA